CAAGGUGGUUCAGAGGUGGAUGGGGGAGGGGAAAGAGAGAGAAGAAACGAGAGAAGCACCUGGAGAGUGAAGCCGGAACCGUCAGGAGAAAGGGAGGAGGGGGCUAAAAGAGGAAGGAGAGUGGCGAGAAGAAGGUUGGGGAGGCAUUCCCAGGCUUGCUAGGGGAAGGCUCAGAAAAAAGAAUUAGAGGAGGAAAGUAGAAUGAGAGAAAGAAUUCAAGGGAUGAGAUGAAAUGAGAAGGGUUAAAGAGAAAGGGUGAGGGGGAAGGGAGAGAUGGAAUGAUGGGGAGAGGAAACUAAGGGGGAAGACUGAAGGGAAGCUGGGAGGGAGACAUGGUGAAGGGGGUGGGGUAGAAGAGAGGGCUGGUCUUGGGAAGGGGAGGUGGGGCUUGGGUCUGGAGGAGGAUAAUUAAGGGAGGGGAAGAGAGGGGCCCGAAGGGAUGGUGGGGCUUCUGAGCAGCCUGGGGGCUACAGGAGGUGCAGGCUAGACUCCGGGCUGGCAGUUCAAGCAGGGGGAGCAUGGUGCUUCUGGCUGCCCCUGGUCUCCCAGAGCUGGAGUCGUGGGUGGGGAGAAGGACGGUGGGCAGCUCCUGGGACUGGUCCCCGCUUCCCUAGGUCCCCCAGACUCGAGUCUUUGGAGCAAUGCUAUGGAGAAACUGGCAGCCGGGCUAGCUGGUCUCCACUGGAGCAUGGGGGCUUUCCCUUUGGACCUCAUCGUCAGCCGCUGCCGUCUGCCCACUCUCGCCUGCCUAGGGCCAGGGGAGUACGUGGAGGGGGUGAGCCAGCAGGAUGUCCUGCUCAUCCACUCCUGCCGCCAGUGGACGACGGUGACGGCCCACAGCCUGGAGGAAGGGCACUAUGUCAUCGGGCCCAAGAUCGACAUCCCGCUGCAGUAUCCAGGGAAGUUCAAGCUUCUGGAGCAGGCACGAGAUGUUCGGGAGCCAGUACAGUAUUUCAGCAGCAUUGAGGAGGUAGCCAGCGUCUUUCCUGACCGCAUCUUUGUGAUGGAGGCCAUCACCUUCAGUGUCAAGGUGGUGUCUGGGGAGUUCAGUGAAGACAGUGAGGUCUACAACUUCACCCUUCACGCGGGUGAUGAGCUCACCCUCAUGGGCCAGGCAGAAAUCCUUUGCGGGAAGACCCCAAAAGAACGCUCCCGCUUCACCACCAUCCUUCGAAAACUGGGCCGGGCAGGGUCCCUGGCAGGGUCCCUGGCGGGGAUGGGGAGCGUCAGCAGUAGCCUGGGGACCGGCGGAACAGCGGGUACCAUCAAGCCCAUUAAAGGCAAGAUGCCCUGCCUCAUCUGUAUGAACCACCGCACCAACGAGAGCCUGAGUCUGCCCUUCCAGUGCAGGGGCCGGUUCAGCACCCGGAGCCCCCUGGAGCUGCAGAUGCAGGAGGGCGAGCACACAGUGAGGGCCAUUAUCGAGCGGGUCCGGCUGCCCGUCAAUGUGCUCGUGCCCAGCAGGCCCCCCUGCAACCCCUACGACCUGCACCCGGUGCGGGAGGGCCACUGCUACAAGCUGGUCAGCAUCAUCUCCAAGACGGUGGUGCUGGGGCUGGCCUUACGCAGGGAGGGCCCAACCCCCUUGCACUUCCUGCUGCUCACCGACAUGCCCCGCUUCACCCUGCCCCAGGGGCUGCUGGUUGGGGAUCCCCACGUGGAACAGCUGGUGAGGGAUAGCGCCUCCUACUGCCACGAGCGCUUUGACCCGGACGAGUACUCCAAAGCUGUGAGAGAAGCCCCGGGUGACCUGGCAGAGGAGUGUGCCAGCCCCCGCAGGGCCAGGCUCUGCUUGCAGGGGCCCAGGCCCGAGGCACUGCCCCAGCUCUCCCUCUGCCUCUACCCCCCUGCUGGGGACGGGGAGCAGGAAUACAUGAGCCCAGACUGGAGCAGCCUAUCAGAAGCUGCCCCUCCAGCAGAGAUCCCCUACGAGGAGCUGUGGACGCACCAGGCCAUGGAGAGCUACCCUGAGAGCGGUGCUGGCCGGGCCAGAGGCAGGUCACCACCUGCAGGGCUGAGGCAGCCUGACCUCAUUUCAUUUGCUGGGACGGCUCAUCUGGAUUCCGAGGUUCCCCCACCCCCUGUCCCUCCCAAGUCAGAGGCGGUCAAGGAAGAGUGCCGCCUUCUCAACGCUCCACCAGUCCCCCCCAGGGGCGGUCGGCCCCCAGGCAGCCCUCCUAUCCCACCUCGCUAUCCCAAGCUUCAGCCUGCUCACUCCCCUAGCCCUGGCCUCUCCUUUUACUCCUCUGGCUUACACGACGGAUCUGGCUCUCGGAGUGGCAGCUGCUCCCCAUCCCCAGAUUCAUAUUCCCUCUACUGUUACCCCUGUACCUGGGGAGACUGCAAGGUGGGCGAUUGCUCUAGUCGCCUGCUCCCAGGCCCUCUCCCCUCUACAACACAGCCCAGUCAGGCCUCCUGGGCCUAUCCUGAGCCUGGAAACAGUCGAUCCACAACACUACUUGGGGGUGAGACCCUCAAGACAUACCAUAGCUGUCCCCUUCCACCAAAGCCUUCACAUCCUCAGAAACGUUUUGCUCCAUUUGGGGCCCUUAAUCCAUUUGCUGGUCCCUCCUAUUCCCCAGGACCUGCCUCAUCAUCAUCCUCUUCUUCCUCUGGUCCCACUUCUACCCCUGGCCCCACUUCAUCCUCAAGCCCAACUUAUUCCCCAGGCCCUGCCUCCUCCAGUCAGGCCUACUCAUCUGGUUCCCCCUCCUGCCCCACCUCCUCCUCUUCCUCCUCUGAAUGGCAAGAAACAGCACUGGAAACCUUUGACCCCUUUGAAGUGAGGCAGAGCAGUUCCCCAGAACCAGAGCUGCUCCGGUAUCAGGAGCCUAGAGGAGUGGGCAGGCCUCGGCCUUUGUCACCUCUCUGUUCCACCAAGGCCUUUGAGCCAGAUAGCCUGAUGCUCAGGCGGAUGCCCACUCCAAUGUCCCCCACAGUCUUACAGGGACCAGAGGGAGGGGGAGCACGGCUCUACCUUACCCAGGGGCGCCUGGAUGUGCCUCCUAUUAACCCACGGGAGGGUGCAGUGGGUUGGGGUGGCAGAGACAACACCUCUUGGCAACCCCCGGCUGACCUAUCUGCCCUCUCGCUGGAGGAAGUCUCUCGGAGUCUGCGCUUCAUUGGCCUCUCGGAGGAUGUGGUGAGCUUCUUCUCUAGGGAGCGCAUAGACGGUAGCAUCUUUGUACAGCUCAGUGAGGACAUCCUGGCUGAUGACUUCCACCUCACCAAGCUGCAGGUCAAGAAGAUCAUGCAGUUCAUCAAAGGCUGGAGGCCCAAGAUCUGAGCAGUCUGGCCUAAGGCUAGACAGGAAGAAUGGGUUUUGGCCUCGCAGGCUUAAAGUUGCUAUAGGUAUCAGAUCGGCCGUGCUGUGGAGAUCUAGUGCCCCACUGGGCUCAACAGUCAACAAAAGGUCCGCAGAGCUGGUAGUGGAGCCCACUGGGUCACUUCAUAGAUAGCAGGCCCUUUGGUACAGUUUUCCCCCUCUAAGGAUAUCACAUGGGGAAGUUAAAAAUGGUAUUAAUACAACUGUGCAGACUAGAAUAGCUCUGCCCUUUCCUCAGAGCUCAACUCUGCCCAACAGAAUGACGCAACAGGCUCUCCAGAUCCCUUUCCGACUUUGAGGGAGCCUAUUUCAUUAUCCAGACUUCUAGAUUAAGUGAAGGCAAGGGGAGAGAGGUGGCCAUCUUGCAUUCAAGCAUAAGGCUUCCCAAGGACUCUUCUUGGCACCCCGAUAACUUCAGCAUCGUUAUUCCCAAACAUUCCCCAUUUUUCCUUUCUUUCCCUUCCUCGACCACUCUUAACUCAUUAGUUUAAAGCAUUAGGAAAGGGUCAAGCAAACUUGGAGUAUCCUUUACCUUGUCCCCUGGGCACUGUUCACAAGUCAUGCUCCCUUCUCUAGUCACCUUGUUAAUAAUUACUGAGCACAAUUGUAGGACUGUAGACUCAUUGAUAGAGCUAGAAAGGGCCCCGUAGAUCAUAUAGUCCAACCCCCUCUUUUACAGAUGAGACUGAAGUUCAGAGAGGGAAGGUUACUUGGCGAAGGUUCCUGUACUUGAGUUGCUUGUAAUAUAUUUGGGAAGACAAGACUUAAGAGCACUCCCUGAUGGUUCCAGAGCCAAGCAAUCCUAGGAAACAGUUAUCUAGUCAGGCUGGACGAAAUGACCUUCUAGCAUCCCUUUCAACUCUUUUAAAAUUUUAAGAGUUCGAGUUUCUUUCAAUCAAUACUACUCCUGCCUUCUCUUCAUAGCCAGUUCCUACUUAUUAUGGAAUUUCCUUCUCUUUCAGCCAUGAAGUCAUUAAUUUAGGUAUUUGUAGCCUUCUCAUAAGUUCCUUAUUUGUCUCCAACCUAGAGCAAAGACAUAGAAAGGGGGAAGAUUUAUGAAGCCAUAGAAUCUUAGGGAAAAUCUAAUUCCCUGACUUCUGAGUUCACAGACCUCACGGUAUAGACGUAAAAAAAUGUCAAACUUGGAGUCACAGGGCCUGAAUUCAAAUCCUCGUUCUACUACUUUCUACCUGUUCGACCUUAAGUAACAAGUUCUCUGGACCUUAAGUUCUUCAUUUACCUAAUAAGGAGGUUGGAUUGGAUAACUUUUAAGGGUCCUUUUUAGCUCUCAGAUCUAUAAUCCCUACUGGGUGCUGAAGUGCAUUAACACAGGGGAGGGCUUUCAUUCACAGGAAUUUCAGUGAUGUCAUCUAGAAUACAAACCAAAUACAGUUCUGGAUACCUGUGCAUUUCUCCAACUCUACUCUUCCCUUUUGCACCCCCACCCCAAAUAAUUUCUCUCAUUUUGAGUCAGGCCAGCCAAGUACCUGUGGAGACCAGCUUAUAAUCUUACCUCAUCUGGGCUGCCUGGAUAUUUAUUUCUUCAUAUUUUAAAGGGCCUGGGUGCUAUUCCUGCUCCUAGGCAUGCCAGAGCCUUGGCUCUGGGGAAAGGAGCCCAAAUAGUGGAUAGCAGUAAUUCUAGAACUAGAAAAGUUGAUUCUAAGGAAUUCUAAUGGAUCAAUGAAAUAAAUACUAUAGAAGGGU